AUGUCGCAUGUGUCAGUGGAUUUGGGUGGCCCAAUGACGAUGACCUUUGAUGGAUAUGUGUAUAUAAUGGUUGUCACAGAUCUGUGUACCAAGUAUGUGAUUGUGCGCCCAUUAAAGUCGAAGGAAGCAACGAGCAUUGCUAGAGAAUUGAUUAAGGUGUUUGGGGAUUACUCAUUUCCUAUUAUUAUGCAGAGCGAUCAUGGUGGGGAAUUCGAGAAUCACUUGCUUCAGGCAAUCAGUGAGAACCUAGGUUUGCAGCGCAACUAUUCUACCCCAUACGCAGCCAGAGGUAAUGGGAGUGCGGAGGCGAGUGUGAAAAUUGUGAUGAAUACGCUGAGAAAAAUGUGUAACUCUAAUGCGCGAGAAUGGAGCGAUUACCUUCCAAUUGUGCAGCUUUGUUGUAAUCGUUACAUCAAGAGUAAGUCGAUGACUUCGCCGUUCUCGCUGAUGUUUGCCAGGCGAGUUACACUGCCAGAGGAUUAUGCCAACAAAGACAAAUACCCGAUCCCUAAGGAUAUCAUGUCAGUAAAAGAGCUUGAAGAGCGUAUUGACUACAUGCACAAGGUGGUAUUUCCAGCGAUCAAUGAACGAGAGGCCAAGAUGAAUGCGAUUAUGCAGAAGAGGUUUAAUAACAAGCAUAUGCUCGUGGACAUUCCAGUUGGUGCUCAUGUGAUGGUAAAGAUACGUCAACGACCAAGCAAGUUGAGUCCCAUUUAUGAUGGUCCAUAUACGGUCAUUCGUAGAAAUCAAGGCGGGUCAUACGAGUUGAAGGAUGAAAUGAAUGAGAUUCUUCAUCGCAACUAUGUACCAUCCGAGCUAAAGGUGGUGAACAUAGAUGAAAAGGCCAUUGAUGAUGAGUAUUUCGAAAUUGAGGCGAUUCGAGAUCAUAGGGGCAAAGCAGCGAAUCGUGAGUAUCUCAUCAAAUGGAAGGGCUAUGGUGAACGCAUGUGUUCGUGGAUAACUGCAGAAGAUGUAUCGGAUCCCCAUAUUUUGCAAAGAUAUUGGCAAAAGCAUGUGCAGCUGCAGAAGCAAGAAGAAGGGCGCAUCCGAGAGCGAGUGGCUCAAAUGCCGAGUAAGCAACAGAGGAAACGUGCUGCCACUGGGGAAGCAGAUCAGGCGGGGGCUCCUCAAUCCCCAGCGAAGCGGCGUCGGGCCACUUAUGUUAGGAAGAAGACAGGAUAA